AUGCGACUUGUAUUAAAACUAUUUAUUCUGUAUUAUCUAUCAGAUUCGCUAAACUUCUAUGGAUUUUCGCUUGGUGUUGGAGACGUUAUCAGUAAUGUUAAUACAAAGAAUAAGAAAUUCUUCGAAAAUUUACAUAAGGAUGGCAUAAAUAUCAAAGAAUUAUGUUUGGAAGGAUACAUAAAGGCGUUUUAUGACACUGUAAGUUUUCUGCUCGCUUAAUUAUAAUUAAAAACAAUGAAAAACAUUUCAGAAUACAACAAGAUAUACAUUCCCAGCAGGUCCCUCAAUAAUUCUUUCAUUUGAAAGAUGUUAUCCAGCAAAACCGCUUUGUGUAUCACGACGAGAUACAAUUCAGUUGAAACAUAGUAAUAAUCAAACUCAAUAUUAUCGAUUUGGCUGUCGAUCACAUCAUUAUUGGAAACAAUGUGAAAACAAUAAAACGGAAAGAUCCGCAGUUUUUUGCUCUUCAAAUCUUCUAUUUCAAAUUUUCAAGAAAAACGAAACAACGACAAAUUUCGAUGUCAUCUCAUAUUUCGAAUCAAUUUUCAAAAAUCCGACGGUCUCUAAAACUUCUUUGAAAGUAUCAAUUUUAUCGGAUUCUAUGAAAAACAAUUUGGAAGAAGAAUUCGAAAAAGAAGAUCAUGAAACAAGCCAUAGUACCAGUAAAAACUAUGUCAAAUAUGAUACCGAACAAUUUUUCAAAUUCAGAGUAUUCUCAUUUAUUAUGGUUUUGAUAGGAACUAUCAAAGUUUUUCGAAUUGUUUUGAAUUAUUAUUUCACAUCAGAAAUGGUCAAGGUUUGUCUGAAAUUACUAAUAUUUUUUGAAAAUCAAAAAUAAUUUUUUUCAGGGUUCGGAGUGUGAUGCAUCUGAAGAUGAUGGAAAUAUACGAUCGUCCAAAUCUGGAUUGAUGACGAAUCAAAAAAGCCAUGAUGUUGAAGAAUUUUAUGAAUGA